AUGGUUUACACCAGUCUUGGUUCCUUGCCUUCCCCGUCCGUUUCUGGUUAUGUUCCUCCUUCUCCCACGUCUACUCCUCCAUCGGUUGUUAAUGUUAACACUAGUGGCCAGGUCACUAUAGAAAUGUUGUUGGCUUCUGCUAAGGAAGACCUUAGCACAAAGAAGAACAACUUUUAUGUGGCCUAUGCCAACUACAUAGCCCUCUCCAGGGUCAACCCCAUGUUGGACGCGGCCAGACAUGCUUCCUCCAUCAAGAAUGAAGCUCAAGAAUUGUUUGAGGAUGCCCAGACGGCCCUCGAGAUACUUGAAAAAUCCAACGCUCCUGCUGUUGUUCUUGAAGACAAGAAAAGUAUGGUAGUUCCUAGCAACUUACCUUUCUUGCAGCUCUGCAUUGAGCCCAAGGGAAAGGCGUACAAGUGGAAGAAAGCAGAAGGACUUCUGCUGGAUCACUACAAUACUCCUUUCAGAAGAUUUCUGAACAUGGGUCGUGUGUGGAAAAUGAUGCAGAAGAAAGGUGAGUCAGUUCGUGCGUUUGGAGCUAAAUUUCAAACAGCUAGGAGACAAGCCUCAUUGGAGGAUGGCAUCCAGAUGGCCUUUUGUUUCUGGUGGAAUCUGUGCCCGGAAGUCCAGGAAGCAAGCUUGAUUCAUCUAUCGACCAACUAUAGUACAAAAUUGCCCUCCAAAGUGGAGGACAUCAUAUUGUUGGUUAGUGUUGCCACUAGCAAUUACACGGCUCUGCUCAACCAACGUGCAGAGUCUGGCACCCCUGCCAAAUGGAAGUCCUUUACAGAUGCUCAUGGUGCCUCUUCCUCGAUAAGCCACAAAGGAAAGAAGAGAGCCUUCGUCAGGAACAAUGAUCCAAAACCCGCCAAGAAGUCUUGGAGUUUCAAGAAAGCAAUCAAAGACAAUGUUUGCUUCUCUUGCAAGGGUGUUUGGGAGAAGGGUGACACCUCCCCCAAAAGGGAGAAUUAUUUGAUGAAGGUAUCAACAAUGGCUCUGCAUACACCUACUGAUAGAUCAGCACGUUCCUCUUCUGCUGCUGAUGGUUUACCUCUUCUGCUGCUGCUGGUUUCCCUCUUCUGUUGCUGGUGGGCUCUCUUCUACUGCUGA